AUGAUAAUGACAUGUAACGGAAAGUAUUUGAAAACGCACAUCGACUUCCUUCUUCCCGGUAUGUUGUAGGGUUGCAAUUAUGGGUCGUUGGAAAACAUGGUAUUAAGCGUGUACACAGCGAUAUAUCACAAAUAAAAGUACCACAUGAACGCUUAAUUAGUGCAGUGUGUAAUUGCAUGGGCUCGGUGCAUACGUUCGAUUCUGGUAUUUGCGCUUUUGGAAUUCUGUUGGAAACUACAUUUACCUUUGCAGAAAUGUUCUCCCAACGGCAAACCACGCUCUUUCAGUUUUUGCUCUUCUUCAAUGUCAGCACUGGAACAGUUGUAUUGCAAGUUCGUAACCUGUUUUUACUUUAUCGAAGGAACAAAAGUGCAAAGAAAGCGCCAACUUCUUUGGUCUUUCAUAUCUGCUCUUGGAUUUUCGCGUCCAUCUUCGCAAGUUUGUACUGCGUCUACAUUUUCCUAGUCUGGAGACCGGAUGGAGGCAUGUUUUAAUAUACGGCGUAUAAUUUCUGUCGUAUUGAGUGUCAUACUAGGCGGACGAAAAAGUCUUGGCAUUUUUUUUGGUGCGGUUGGCGUCGCGGAGUGGCUUUAUGCGACAAACUAUCAGUACUUAGCGAAUUAGACAUUGGCGCGGCCCGGUUGGGCCCUUCUCGGACUUCUAGGAGGUGAAUAUCUGGAAAGUGACCAGUCCAAGCUGAUUUUUUAGGCUCGGCCACAAAAAAGUCGGCCUAGACUGGCCACUUUACAUAUUUCAACCUACCACGGGACCGGGGCUCAAAUGGGCCGCGCCAGCCAUGUCUAGGGCGCAGUUUCUUCGCGCGAUAUACGCUUUGAUUUGCCCUGUUCAAAACCAUGCAUUCUGCAUGGUCGGCGUGCACCAUGAAUUUUUUGCCCGACAGCGCAUGAUGAACACGUGUCAAGACUUUUUGGCCUGCCUUGUAAUUAAACCUUGUAUAUUUUUUAGUUGCUAUCCACUCCAACAACUACAUAGUUUUCUGGCUUGGGACCUUUUACAUUAUCGGCCUGGUACUAAUCGGAUUUUCGGUUGCUAUAUUAGUAGCCGACCGAGUUAUCGCUGUAAUCGCCCCACUGGCCACCAAAUACAAUGCUACAAGGACAAUGAUCGCCAUCGCGGCCAUCAUCACCUCCGUUACGUUGAUGGUAACAUGCAUUACAGAGCUGCCAAUUCCAUUAGAGUCUGGUACGCCUGUGUUACCGUAUUCAGGACAAAAACCUUUUUUUAGGCCAAUUCAGCUAUUACAAUGUCACCUUCCGUAACCAUGGGAAUUACAUGUUCCGACUGCGAGCAGUGUUGGGUGUAAUUAACCUCAUCCUAAUUAGCAACUUCAUGUAUAUCAUCCGAUACAAGCUACGCAAGUCGCGAAGGCGCAACAGAUUCAUCGAAAGAGUGGCAAUUUGUUCCGCAUUCACGCAAAUCCUCUGCACCGUCUUCCCGAUUGUUGUGCGGAAAACGCUGCAGAACGAUGAAGCCUGUCAAAGCUUCGCCCGCUCCUAUUACAUACUCUCUUAUGCGGUGGACGCGAUAAGCACAACCUACGUCUUGCGCUAUGUAGUCUUGAAGUUGACAAAGGGAACAACGACGGUGUUGUAUUUUGGCAACGGCAAAGGCCCGUGUAUAACGUUGAAGAAUAAGAUUGGAAUCGAAAGACGAAUGUCGAAAUAA